UUUGCUUUUGGCAGGAAUUUAGAAAGGAAAAUAAAACUAUGUCAAAAUUGUCGUCUUCACAACACCAGAAGGGUUGCAAUCUUUGCGUGAAAACUAAGUUUCCACAAAUUCUCAAAGCGAUUGCUUCAGUAUCGUUAACUUUAUAUACACUAUUUCUUGCUUUUUAAGCAUCAAGGUGUUCGCAUUUCACGCAGUGCGCAGUGUGUCGACGACACCGAAGAAACGAAAGGUCAUUUGAGGAUCGGUCACCACAGCUGUAGCGAAACGUAGAUAUAAGCAAACGUAGAAUUUCAACGACACAGCUUCGUGUGUUUACCUGCAACCUUUUAGUGCCGUAUACAGUAAAUCCUGCGGCUCCUAUAAUACCGUACACUCCGUAGAGUGGUCCUCUGAAAGUGGAUUCAGCUUAUGAUGUGCCCAUUGCCACGAAUGCACCAGAAACGGUUUGGUUGUUAAACGCACGUUAGGGGGAUCGCUAAUCGUGCCGCGUUACCCUGGCAACAUCAAUUGUAUUGAGGGGAAAUGUUGCCGUUUCUGGACGAGACUGACGAGUUGUUCAACUAUUGGAUCCUACGGGUCUUGGUGCUGAUCGUUAUCUAUCUUGCUUGGCGCUCAACUUACGUGCGGGAAGAUCGCCCGAAUGCAGCAGUGCUCGUGAUUGAAAACAAUUUAGGGCGUUUGAAUAGCAUCCAACCACAUAGCGUAACGACGAUUAUACUGCGCAGCUCUUCGCAGCAGUCCAAUAUAUCGAAUGUAACAGAAACCGAGGAGCUUGAUUUGGAAAACGACAGCAUAGCUUCCUCGAUUGAUAACAUUACACAGUCCAUCCUAACGGAAGCUUCAGAAUCAGCUACAGGGCUUGAUCUAAGUGACACGGAAGGUUAUCCGGGUGUUGUCAGUGCUCCCGUUGUCGACACAUUUAACGAUCCCGGACCGGAAGAAAUCAUUCGACAGAUGGAUGCCGCAGAACCCGAACCUAUCUCAAACGCGCAAACCGAUCCGUUAGCCGAAUCGACUGGAUUGCGGCAAAGGUUAAAUGUUGCUAGUACCAACGCCGCCCAGUUACAGGGAGAAACUUCCUCUGACCAUGUUGCUAGCAGUACUGCAAAUACCGCGUCAUCGGGCAGCAGCUUACCGGAACCUCCUUUGCCCACCAAACCGAUUAGGAUCAAGCUGAAGUAUUUGAAUGACGAUUCUAAGCUUGUAGAAGGCAACUUGAACGAGGGCAUUGGUGAAUUUAAGCGACGAAACUUUACCCUUGAACUGGCUGCCCAUAAACUCGUCCGAUUAGUAUUCAACGGGCACGUGUUGCAACCUGACAGCAAGACGCUCGCUGCUUGCGGUUUGUUCGAUAACUGUGUCGUUCACUGUCUGAUUCACAAUCAGAAAUCGGCUCUCAAUGGCAUUAGUGCGGAUCGUCCUUUGGAAGGAUCGAUAGGCGAUAAUCAAAACCAAGCACACGGUCCGGCUAGUGGGCUACCGAAUGGGGACGGUAUAGACACGGAUGGGGCAAAUGAUCGCCGUGGCGCCGAUACGGAUAACAAUCGUUCCGGCACACGUUACGGGACGUACUUCAUUUACAUCGGUACGUUAGCAGUCACUGCGGUCAUAUUGUAUGGAUGGUACUGUCGCUUUCAUUACGGCCAUUUGUUUAACUUGAAUUCCACCAUCGGACUUAUCGUGACCACCACUACGUUCCUGAUUAUGAUGCCGACCAUUAUUCUCGCUGAUAGUAAUACACCAAAUUGAAUGUCGUGCAUGGAAAGCGUAAAUUACAAAUUCAAAAAGAAAACAAGAACCCCCGGCCGUUGCCCAACAUAUUCGUUUCCUACGCAAAUAGUGCACCUUUGCUUGCAACCGAUCGCAUCGUAUGCAAGCUAUCGUACUGGUCGCUAGUGACCAACAAAAUCAUGUUUAUUUAUCAAUUAUCUAUCUUGUUUGAUAUCUCUAAACGCUCCUUGUUUUGUACAUAAUGUGAUCCAAUAAAAGGUAACCCAAACACGAACGUAAUCAAAAGUAAAA